AUGGCAACAGCAACAGCAGCAGUUGCUGCGCAACCCGGAGAUCCUGGGAGCAGCGGCAGCGGCAGCUUAGGGGGUCAAUACGAGAAGCUCCUGGCGACGGUCGGGAGUCUGCAGGGAGACUUGCAACGUACCGUCGGGGUGUGCCAGUCCCUCGGCAGCCAGAACGACAAGCUCAAGUCCAACUACGAGGCUGUCCGGACGGAGCUCAUCCACCUCCGCGAGAAGCACAACACCACCCGGAAGCAGCUCCUGGAGGCGGUGGAGAGCCGCGUGGACGCCGACCAGCGCACGGAGACCCUGGUCCACAAGUGGAAGGUGCAGCUGGAGGGAAGGACGAGGGAGCUCGAGGCCCUGCAGGCUAAGCUCGUGCCCCAAGACCUCGACAUGCUCAGGGCGAAGGUGCAGGAGGAGCUGCAGGUCCCCCACCAGCGGCGCGUCGGUUCGCUAGAGGCCGAGGUGGAGCGGCACCGCCAAAUGUUUUGCAAGGCGCGGCGUGACCAUGAGCGCUGCAAGGCGGAGUACGAGCAGUACACGAUCGACCAGGGCAGGGAGAUGGAGGCGUUGCACCAGCAGCACAAGGCGGAGUCGCACGUCCUGAAGAUGAGGGUGCAGGACCUCGAGGCGUCCUUCGCCGAUGCAGACAGAGACGAAGAGGGACGUCUACUAAGGAGGAAGCUGGAGGAGGCGGAGGCGGUGAAGGCACAGCUACACGCCGAGAUGGCUGCCGUUCGGAGUGAGAGGGAGGCGGCGGAGCUGGAGCGGCACAAGCUCGUUCUCGCUCACCAGAGCGAGUCGGCCGCGACCCACGUGCGGGUGUCCACGCUCGAAGCCGACAAGAAGGCCCUGCAGCGCCGGUGCGCGGAGGCCGAAGAUACCACUGACCGCCGCCGCCGUCAGGCCGACGACGCGCGCGACAGACUCCAAGACGCCCUCGAAGAGGUCUCCAAGUUGAAGGAGGCGUGCGCGGGGAAGGACAGGGUGGCGCUCGAGGCAAGGGCGGAGGUCAGGCACGCGGCGGAGAGGCUGGCGCUAGAGUGGGGCCGGGAAAAGGCGGAGCUCAAGGCCGCCAACGAGGGGCUGAUAAAAAGAAUAGCAUUGGCGGAGCGGCGGUCUCGCGAGGCGUCCGAACAAGCGGCCAACCGUUUCCGGGCGGCGCAGCAGGUGGAGGAGAGAGUGCGGAGCGAGACCGGUAAGGAAACGAGCGCCCUACGGGAAAGCUUGUCGCAGCUGGAGGCGGAGGUGGAGAGGUUGAGGCUCGAAGGGGAAAGGGUCGGUUCGUCCGCCCAGCAGGACAUCCAGAAGAUGCGGGGAGAGUCGGAACGAGCGAAGUCGGAAGCUUCUCGGGUUCUACGCGAGAAGGAGGCAUUGCGAGAGCGGGUGGCGGCGCUCCAGUCAGCGGCCGACCGAUCCGAGGAGGCCGCCGAGGGUGCGGGACGCGAGCGAGACGAAGCCAGGGCCGCGGCGGCGGCGGCGGCGCAGCGGGCGCAGCGGGAGCGGGAAUGCCUGGCGGAGGUGGAGGGGGAGAACGAGGGGCUAAGGGAGAGGCUGCGGAUGGCCGAGGAGGAGCUGGCGGGGCUGGUCGCCGAAGCGGACCAGGCGCGAGAGGCGCACGUGAGCGCCCUCAAGGACAUCCGUCGCGCCGCCGGGGCCGAGCGGGACUCGCACGUCGCGCGCGUGCGGUACGAGCUGGAAUCCCUCAGGAGGCGGGCGCAUCGGUCCGUCCGGAAGGAGAGGAAGCGGAGCCGGGCGUACAAGGCACAGGCCAUCGAGGCCCACCAGAGGGGGCAGAGGACGCGGCAGGUUCUCCAGUCUCGUGCGUCGGCGUUGGCGUUGGCGGCCGCGGGAGGGGGAGGAGGGAGGGCGCCGGCGGCGCCGUUGACGGGGGGGGGGCUUGGGGAGCCCGCGGGGGGACGAGGAAGGGAAAGGAUGAUAGGGAGGACGCCCAUGGAUUGCACGUCGUCUACGUUUGGCGCGGUAGGUACCGUUUUGCUUGACCCUGGGGGUUUCGGGGAAGGCUCCGGGCGAGACUGGUGGGGCCGUGGGCGUUGUUGGUGGCGCGCCUUGGCGAUGGUGCAAGCGGCGUCGUGAUGGGCAUGACCACAGUGACAUGGGGGUGAAAGCAGAUCGACCAAAGUAAGGGUGGCAUCGAAAGUGAAACACACCUCGCUCUCUCUCAGCACACUUUGGGGCAUUGGAGCGAGG